CUCACUCCUGGGAAACCAUCAACAUCUCAGGAAAGGAAAGAUGAACGUCUGUGGCAUGAACCAGAACCGGGUCCUCCCAGAACCCCAGGCCAACAAUGUGAAGAAGAUACUACCACGCCCUUUGUCCAGGGUGAAUGGCUGGUCACCACCCCUCCACUCCUUCCAGGCAAUAACCUGGACCACCUAUCUGGCCAUGUCCAUUGUCACCUUUGGGAUCUUCAUACCCUUUCUACAAACUAGCUGGAAAUAUGCUGCCUAUGUUGUGAUGGGUGGGUUGUCCAUGUUCCACCUCAUCGUGCACUUGAUUGCAACUACCAUCGAUCCAGCUGACACCAGUGUCCGACUCAAAAAGGACUACUCGGAGCCUGUGCCAACUUUUGACCGGUCCAAACACGCACAUGUGAUCCAGAACCAGUAUUGCCACCUGUGUGAGGUUACUGUGAGCAAGAAAGCCAAACAUUGCAGCUCCUGCAACAAAUGUGUCUCUGGCUUUGACCACCACUGCAAAUGGCUGAACAACUGCGUGGGCAGCAGAAACUACCGGUUCUUCUUCUGCUCUGUGGCCUCAGCCGUAGUCGCCCUGCUUGGCGAGAUGGUUAUCUUGUUGUACAUCUUCAUCCAGUACUUUGUCAACCCCAGUGAGCUUCGCACAGACCCCCGGUAUAAAGAGAUCAGCUCUGAGAACAUAUGGCUGCUGUUCCUCCCACUGUGGCCUGUGCCUGUGAAGAUCCCCCUGGUCCUUUUCAUCGCGGUGGUGGUACUGCUGCUAGCCAUUGCCAGCUUUGUGCUGCUUGGGCACCUGCUCCUCUUCCAUGUCUACCUGAUUGCCAAGAACCUGAGCACGUUUGACUACAUGGUGCAGACCCGAUUCCAGAGGAAUUCACGUUCAGCAGAAAAGAAAGAGCCACCUCUGCGGAAAAAGGGGAACCUUUCCCAGGAAAAGAGUAACAACUUGAGCUGGUCUCAGGCCUCACCAAGAGUGGAGUCCCAGAAGUUCCUGUUGUCUACUCUUCCACAGCAGCCAAGUAUGUGUUUCACGGCUCCAGCUCCAAAAACAACUCCACAGUAAAGGGCCAGUGACAUCUUAGGAUGGCAGUGUCAAGCUGUCAGCCCAAGAUCAUGAGGAGAUGCCUCUACUCUGUGGUACAUGAUGCUGCUGAGCUGUGCUCUUCAGUAGAGUGUAUGUGUUAUAUGUAUUUUGGACUUAAGAUAUCUUCAAUUUAUGAUGAGUUCCUCAGAAUGCAAACCCCAUUGUCAUUCAAGAAUCAUCUAUAUAUAAGAAUGUUAGCAAUGAUAGAAGCUAGGUGUUAAGUACAUAUGAAUUUUCACUUUCAAAUUUUCUAGAUGUUUGAAAAUUUUCACAAUAAAAUGUUGAGAUAUGAAUUGGUAAAAAUAAACAUGGCAAAAGUU